CCGAACACCAAAUCUAAGAAGUCAAAGGAACUUCGAACUCCGACACUGACGUUGACGAUGUCGAACUUCCCACUGGACGUAAUCGCCGACAUACUCAGUCGAUUGUCCGUCAAGGACCUCUUGUGCUUAAGGUGCGUCUCCAAAACAUUCGACUCUCUGAUUCAGAGCUCCGAUUUCGUCGUCUUGCACCUCAACCGCUCCAUCAACACCCGCACCAAUCGUGUACUCAUCCUCAACAACUCAGAUCUGAACUUUGUCGAUCUGGCUUCCUUCGAUUCCUUCGCCACCAGACUCGACCAUCCUUUGAUGGAUUGCCAAGACGGAAUCAAGAUCCUGGGUUCCUGUAAUGGGUUGCUUUGUGUGUAUAACAUCAUUGAUGAUAUAGCUGUAUGGAAUCCUUCCACAAAAGAAUACCUGAUUUUACCCGCUUUGUCACUUGGGGCUUGUCAGGUGUUUGUUUAUGGAUUCGGGUAUGAUUCCGUUAAUGACGAUUAUAAAGUUGUGAGGAUUAUACAGUCUUUUCGGGUGGAGGACAAGGUUUUUGAAUUGGAGGUUAAAGUUUGGAGCUUUGGGGAAAAGGGGUGGAGGAGGAUUGAGGAUCUUCCUUAUGUUUUAUCCUUUCCUGGAGCAAAUGGAGUUUUUGUUUGUGGUGCUUUACAUUGGGCUGUGAGUCGUAAAGAUGAACCUGAAAAUGUGAAUACAAUUGUUGCUUUGGAUUUAGGAGUUGAGGAGUAUAGGGAAGUACCACAGCCUGAGUAUCCAGAUGGAGAAGAAUUCCACUUGGAAGUGGGGGUUUUGGAAGGGUGUUUAUGUGUUAUUGCUGAUUAUGUUGAUUCUCAUGUUGAUUUGUGGGUAAUGAGGGAAUAUGGGGUGAAAGAGUCUUGGACUAAAUUGCUUUCAUUGGCAUGCGGAGAGCUGACUGAUUCUUUUAGGUCUGUGAAGCCUUUGGUUUACUCCAGGGGUGGAGAUCAAGUUCUAUUGGUAUUUGACAGCGUAAAACUUUUUUGGUAUGAUCUUGAGAAAAAGAAAGCCACAACGGUCAAGGCCCGUGGUGUGCUGUUUUCCUAUGAAUCAGAUAUUUGUCUGCAAAGCCUUGUUUCUCUUGCUGUCAAGAAGAGAAAUGAUGCAAGGCAGCAAAAGGAAGAGGAUGAAAACUUGUAUGUACAAGUUGAUAUUUGGGUUGGCCAACCCUAGCAGCAGUUGGCAGUUGGCAGUUGGCAGUUGCAAAGAGAGGUAAUAACACAUCAAAUUAUUAAGACGUGUGGAAUCCUGGAAUCAUGAUUAAUACGAUCAACACGUGGAGUCUUUAAAAGGAAAGAAAUCCAAUUGAGGCAAUGCUUUGGAGAAGAAUCAACAAACUUUGAAAUCUAGAAGUUAGUUGCCCACAACCGUUGGUCUCCACGUGUUGCAUCCAUCUAUUUCUUUCCUAUUGAAAACUUCAUGUCUGAUCAUGUUGAUCAUGAUUCAAGGCCUUCACAUGUGAAUAAUAAUUUGAGGUGUUUUCAAGAGGGGGAAUUCAGCAGCAGGUAAUUUAUUCAAAUUGUAUCCACAGCAUAUUGUUUGUUGAUGCUUUUCUUGUUUACAAUCCAUCUGAUUCUUUUUUUUUUCCUUACCUUACAUUUUUAGCUGCCAGUUUGCAAUGAAGGUGUAUUUAGUAGAUAUUGACCCUGCUUACAGUCAUUGACUCAGCCAGUUCGUUAUUGCAGUUCCUGUUUUUGUUUCUCAACCUGAAUCAGAAUGUUUGAGAGGUCAUCAUGACAGGUAGACAAAUAUACUCCUUUCCAAUCACCCUAAGAUCUGGGUUAAGAUGAAAUCUCUUGACGUGGUGACGCAUGCUUGUAGAAUAGGGGAAUUGGCUGUUGUGCAAACUGCAGGUGCUGGUGGACGAUGGACAAAAUGACAUGUUAUUUUCAACCCAAUUAGCAAAUGCUGUAGCUCAAGACAAUCUGAAUGCCUUAUGCCUCUUUAUGCGUUACAAGCUACCAAUAAUCUUCUCUGCUUGGUGGGUGGCCUUUACUUUGUAAGAGUUUUUCAAGUCAGUGUCAUUGUUAGCACACAUGCAAGGUUAGAUUUCGCUUUCUGUGUUAAGCUUGUUUGUCCUGUUUGAAAAGAUUGACAUUGUUUGUUUGUGUCCAAAACUUUCUUCAUUGUUGAAAUUAAAUCACAUACAUUUCU